CCAACACGCAUCUUUUUAGCGGCAGGCGGUGAGUCCCGGGCCUCCUCAUGGUCUUUGGCUUCAGUGGUAGCGACGGGCCUGUCUUUGUCUUUAGACUUUUUUGUGCUCGCGCGCUUUUCUUCGGCUAGUUGGUUGAAUUCUGUUUUAUCAAUUGCAUUAGCCGAGUAGCGAGGGUGGGGAGGGGGGGUUGGUCUGGACUGACUGGCUAACUCUGCCUCUAGUCUCGGCACGAACUCGCCGAAUUCCAGUUGCUCCAUUGCUUCGAGGACGUCCUUGGGAUUGAUGGUUUUUCGGCCGCGUUGUUUUGCUUGGUCGUUUGCACUUUCAUGAUUCCGUUAGGUUCCUGUCAGAGAAUGUGGAAUGGGGGUGAGGGGGAGGAGGAGGAUCAUACGC